AUGGAGUUGAUGGAUAAGGCUUCUGAAACUAAAAAGGGAAAGAUGAGAAAUGUUCUGCAGAAACUGACCACAAAGAGAGCGGAGACUGAGAAGAGAGUGCAGAGUCUGCAGGAGCGCAGGAGAGAAGAUCAGGGGAAAGCAGCUGGUAUAACAGAGAGAGUCACUGCCCUGUUUAGAUACAUCAGGAGACAGCUGGAAGACCAGGAGAAGAGAGUCCUGAGUGAGAUCUCCAGGCAGGAACAGCGCGUUUCACUCUCAGUCUCUGAUCUGAUCCAGCAGCUGGAAAUAAAGAAGGAGGAGCUGUCCGGGAAGAUGUGUCACAUUGAGGAGCUGUGUAACAUGUCUGAUCCAGUGACUGUCUUACAGGAACCAGACACCGGUGACAUGUGUGAUACUGAGGACACAGAGAGACAUGAUACCCAGGUCCAUGGUGCAGGAGAUCUGGAUGUGGGUCUCAUCUCAGGGACAUUACACACAUUAUCUGAUAUAAUAACAGGGAUAAAUACAGGGAUCUAUGUGGAGGAAGCUACAGACAUAUCACUGGAUGUAACCACAGCUGGUGAUAAUAUACAGAUAUCAGGUGACAGGAAAACUGCAUCCAGGUCAGAAAUAAACCAGAAUCGCCCAGUAACACCACAGAGAUUUCAGUGUAAUCAGGUAAUAAGCACCAGGGGAUUCUCCUCUGGGCGACAUUACUGGGAGGUGGAUGUCAGUAAAUCAGUGAGGUGGAGGCUGGGGAUGUGUUACCCCAGUAUAGACAGGAGAGGAUAUCAGUCAGUCAUUGGAAGUAAUAACAAGUCCUGGUGUCUGUGCAGGUAUAAUAAUCAGUACUUAGUGAUACAUGACAGUACAGGGAACUGGGUAGGUGGCAAUAUUCGCUGUGACAGAGUGAGGGUAUAUCUGGAUUAUGAGGCAGGACAGCUGUCCUUUUAUUCUCUGAGUGACCGGAUCAGACACUUACAUACAGUCACCGCCGCCCUCACUGAACCCCUUCAUGCUGUAUUAAAUGUAGAAGAUGGUCGUAUAACUAUAUCUGGGGGAGUCAGGAGCUGGGAGAAAUUACCAUAA